CUGCGCUGGAAAUGCUGAGGCAGACGAGCGGUUUAUUUUUGGGUCAGUGACAGUGUGUCAAUGGCCGCAGAUGCAUCGCAAAGGAAGGCUCUGAGAUUCCAACAGACCCUGCUCUAUGGGGAAUACCAUGAGCAUGCCGGCUCGUCGCGCCGCAGAGAGGCCACUCGCCUGCUGACCGAGAGACAAUGGAAAAAGCACCACCACCACCAUGGCCACCGCCAAUCGGAGGGCCACCGGACACCGGGGAGUCGGGCCCACAGCCGGGCUCACAGCCGGGGCCACAGCCACCGGCACCACAGCCGGCACCCCGAGGCGGAGCCGGACGAGGACAAAGACAAGGAUGCGCAGUUCGGCCACGGGUCCUCGCUGAAGAAGCGGCGCUCCUACUCUAAGUGCAGAGACUGCGUGGCGCGCAUGCAGAGGUUCCUGGUGACCAAGCUGGGAGAGGACUGGAUCUUUCUGGUGCUGCUGGGGAUCACCAUGGCUCUGGUCAGCUGGAGUAUGGACUACGCCAGCGCCAAGAGUCUACAAGCGUACAAGUGGAUCCACAGAGAGCUGCGUGGUAAUAUUCCGUUACAGUACCUGGCCUGGGUCUCCUAUCCCAUGAUCCUUAUCAUGUUCGCCUCUUUCUUCUGCCACAUGGUGGCACCACAAGCCAUUGGUUCUGGUAUCCCAGAGCUGAAGACCAUCCUGCGAGGUGUGAUCCUGAAGGAGUAUUUGACCCUGCGGGCAUUUGCUGCAAAGGUUGUGGGCUUGACGGCCGGCUUGGGCAGCGGCAUGCCAGUGGGCAAGGAGGGGCCUUUUGUUCACAUAGCAAGCAUCUGUGCUGCCACACUGAGCAAGAUCAUGUCCUUUUUCUCAGGGGUCUAUCAGACCCCGUACUGCUACACUGAUAUCUUGACUGUGGGUUGUGCUGUCGGGGUGGGAUGCUGUUUCGGGACUCCCCUUGGAGGUGUGCUGUUCAGUAUAGAGGUCACCUCUACAUACUUUGCUGUGAGGAAUUACUGGAGGGGCUACUUUGCAGCCGUCUUCAGUGCUUUCAUAUUCAGAGUUCUGUCUGUGGCCAACAAAGACACAGUCACCAUCACUGCCCUGUUCCGCACCAAAUUCCGCAUGGACUUCCCCUUUGACCUGCAGGAGCUGCCGGCUUUUGCCGUGAUUGGCAUCUCCUGUGGGUUCCUGGGUGCCUUCUUCGUCUAUCUCAACCGACAGGUGGUGCUAUUCAUGAGGAAAUCCAACACACUGACCCGCUUCCUCACAAGACAUCGGCUGAUCUUUCCUGGAGUUGUCACCUUGCUGAUCACCACCCUCACCUUCCCUCCGGGCUUUGGCCAGUUCAUGGCAGGAGAGUUGAUGCCGAGGGAAGCCAUCAACUCCCUGUUUGACAACUUCACGUGGACUAAGAUCCAGGGUCACCCCCUCCCGCCUGGCCUGGGCCGCUCCACCGCCUGGAUACAUGAUGACGUCAGCGUCUUCAUCAUCCUGCUGCUCUUCUUCGUCAAUAAGUUCUGGAUGUCUGCAGUGUCGACCACUAUGCCCAUCCCCUCUGGAGCCUUCAUGCCUGUCUUCGUCCUUGGAGCGUCGUUUGGCCGCUUGGUGGGGGAGAUCAUGGCAGCUUUAUUUCCCCACGGCAUCCUGUUUGACGGAAUCCUUUAUCGCAUCAUCCCUGGAGGGUAUGCUGUGAUUGGUGCGGCAGCGUUAACGGGUGCGGUGACACACACGGUGUCCACGGCGGUGAUCUGCUUUGAGCUGACGGGUCAGAUCUCCCACAUCCUGCCCAUGAUGGUGGCCGUGAUUCUGGCAAACAUGGUGGCCCAGGGCCUGCAGCCCUCGCUAUACGACUCCAUCAUACAGGUCAAGAAGCUGCCAUACCUGCCGGAGCUGGGGUUCGGACACAUCAGCCAGUACAACAUCUUUGUGGAGGACAUCAUGGUGCGAAAGGUGAAGUUUGUCUGUUCCCUGACCACGUGUCGAGAGCUCCUGUACCUGCUCGACUCCACGUCCCUCAAGACCAUCCCUCUGGUGGACUCAAAAGAGUCGAUGAUUCUAUUGGGCUCCGUGGACCGGUCCGAGCUGCUGGCUCUUUGUGAUUGGUGGUUGUCAGCGGAGCGGCGGAUCAUGACCCGGGCCCAGUGCUUACAGCAACAGGAGUCCUGCCACCUGGGAGUCCCGUCCGGCUGGGACUCGUUCGCCUAUGUGGAUGAAGGGGACGAAGACAAUGAGGACAAAAGUACCACCUUGCAGGAGGAGAGAAACGGACCCGUGCUAUCACCUAAGCCGCCUGAACUUGCCACCAAUCACACGUCCCCUGAUAAAGGGCCUCUGCAGUCCUUCAGGAGAACACUGAGGAGUAUCUUCUCAUCAGACAGACUAACAGAAGGUCAGACACAGGACAUCAACACCCCUGCCCUGACUGACACCAUGUCCCCAGAGGAGAUCAAAGUGUGGGAGGAGGACCAGAUGGACGUUCCCUUAGAGAUCGAUCAGAUCCGCAUCGACCCCUCGCCCUUCCAGCUGGUGGAGAGAACCUCGCUGCACAAGACCCACACACUCUUCUCCUUACUGGGCCUGAGUCAUGCCUACGUCACCAGCAUUGGCAAGCUAGUGGGGGUAGUGGCACUGAAGGAGCUCCAGAAGGCGAUCGAGGGCUCCACCCGCAGUGGCGUGAGACUGCGCCCCCCGCUGGCCAGCUUCCGGGAGCCCAGCCACAAGUCCCCCAAGCCCCCCACCUCCACCUCCUCCGCCCCCUCCUCGCCCUCCUUCUCACCGACCCACUCCACACCCUCCACCAGCCUCUUCACCCCCGUCUUCACCCCUUACAUCCCACCCCCGCCAGCGGCCACAAGCGCUGCCGCCGACGCAGCUCCAGCCCCAGAACCGCCCCCUGAACACCCCGAACACCAGCACCCGACGAAGGAGGCCGAGGUGUGGAUUGAGGGGGUGUGGCGCGAACCCCAGGUGGAGCCGGAGAGCUCGAGCAGCAGCACCAGCAGCAGCACCAGCAGCCUCAGCAGCAGUGGGGACUCCGCAGCAGACGGCUCGGGGGAGAGUCCAGGCACCAACCCCAGCAGCAACCCCCCCACGGUGCCCCCCACGCCCCCGUCGCCCUCUACCAUGCCCCCGUCGGACCGGCAGUCCAUACCGCUGUUCAACCUGGAGGCCAUCCCCCAAGAGGUGCUGGAGGAGUUGGGGGAGAGCAGUGAUGGAGAGCCUAUUUGAGAAGCCGUCUACGGUACCUCAUGGGUGGAUGAUGAUGAUGAUGUGUGAUGUAUCGUUUAUUUUUUACUUUUUUUAUUAUGUCAGAAUGAAUUUUGUUUCAUAAUCUUGCCUUUUUUCUGAUUGUUCUUACUGUAGUUUUUGCUCUUUCUGUAUUUUUUCCCUUUCUUUCAUUGUUCUUAAGUUAUUUGUGGUAAAACUGUGUGUGUUCCAAAUUGUUCUAGAUUGAAUAUGUCCUCAAGGAAUCACUAAAAUUCUUAUGUUCCAUGCCAUAAAAAUGAAUGGCAUCAAAACGAAUGAAAUGGGAGUAGUAUUCCAACAGGCCUCCAUAAGGAUGACCUGUGUAUGAAGUGGACUGUAAAUAAAAAUCCAGCUAAAUUGGAAAUAAAAUGACCACUAAUUUUUAAAAGCUGCAAUAACUGCUGCAAAGCAUUUCAGGCCCGUAGCCAGGGGGGGUUCGAGGGGUUCGUUCCCCCCUCCCGUCCCCCACCCCCAUUCGAACCCCCCAACCACGUUGCAUCCCCACUUUGACUGGAAGGCCAUUUCAUCCCCCUCACUAAAAUAAGCCUUUGAAGUAAAAUAGUACACGUUUGCCUGUUAAAAAAGUAAGGGAAUUAAAAAUGGUUGUUGUUGUUUGCCCGAGUCCAGCCUUAAGAAAGCUGGUCCAAAACAGUCACUGGGCCGACACUGGGCCAACAAUGAAAAUAACUGUAUUUGGGGGACAUUGGAGUAGGGAGCCCAAAUGAAGUCCACUUUCAGAAGAAAAAGAUCCCCCGCUACCACAAUGCUGGCUAUGGGCCUGCAUUUGUCUCAUAAAUCUGAACCCAGUGACACAGAAAAGUUAGCCAUGAUUAAAACUCACUUGCUUAACCCCAAUUUUAUUUUAUUUUUUGUCAGUUCCAAGUUCAGAAAGGAAAAAAACCUUGCCAGAUAUUCGAUCCAAAUCUAUUUUGUAAAUCAGCUGAUCACAAUGAUGGCCACUCAACAGGUGGAUUAAAUAUAAAUACUCAAUAUUUUAA